AUGUCUGAAACCCAAGAUGGCCGCCAUGGUCACCAUCUUGAAACAUAUAUUUUAAACUUGUUCUCCUGUUCCACUGAUGUCAUUGAGCUAAAAUUGGUGGAAAUGUUUAGGAAGGUAGCCAACAAAGUGUUGUUAUUUUUCGACCUUGUCAAAACUUCGAGAUCCUUGGAAUCCGAUCAUCAUUCUAGAAUUAAGAAGUCCCAGGAAUCCGAUCGUCAUUCUAGAAUUAAGAAGUCCCCGGAAUCUGAUCGUCUUUCUAGAAUUAAGAAGUCCCCGGAAUCUGAUCGUCUUUCUAGACUUAAGAAGUCCCCGGAAUCUGAUCGUCAUUCUAGAAUUAAGAAGUCCCCGGAAUCUGAUCGUCAUUCUAGAAUUAAGAAGUCCCCGGAAUCUGAUCGUCAUUCUAGAAUUAAGAAGUCCCCGGAAUCUGAUCGUCAUUCUAGAAUUAAGAAGUCCCCGGAAUCUGAUCGUCAUUCUAGUCUUAAGAAGUCCCCGGAAUCCGAUCUCCUUUCUAGUCUUAAGAAGUCCCUGGAAUCCGAUCUCCUUUCUAGUCUCAAGAAGUCCAUGGAAUCUGAUCAUUAUUCUAGUCUUAAGAAGUCCAUGGAAUCCGAUUUCCUUUCUAGUCUUAAGAAGUCCCUGGAAUCCGAUCUCCUUUCUAGUCUUAAGAAGUCCCUGGAAUCCGAUCUCCUUUCUAGUCUUAAGAAGUCCCUGGAAUCCGAUCUCCUUUCUAGUCUUAAGAAGUCCCUGGAAUCCGAUCUCCUUUCUAGUCUUAAGAAGUCCCUGGAAUCCGAUCUCCUUUCUAGUCUUAAGAAGUCCAUGGAAUCCGAUCUCCUUUCUAGUCUUAAGAAGUCCCUGGAAUCCGAUCAUCAUUCUAGACUUAAAAACUUCCUUGAAUCCAUAUCUGUAUAA